CUCCUCCUCCUCGCUCUCCGUCCAGCAGCGGUGCGUCGCGGCCGUGCGUAAAAGCAGAGCCCUCCUCCUCCCGACACGAGCCGGCUCCACACCGGCACUGUUCCACGGUUCCACUCCCAUCUCGUGAUUUCUUCACUUCUCUUGAACAUAAAGAAGCUGCGACCCGCCAUGGAUGUGUUUAAGAGCCGGAUGUUGGGCAUCUCCGUGGCCGUAGCGCACGGAGUGUUCUCCGGCUCUCUGAACAUCCUGCUGAAGUUCCUCAUCACCAACUACCACUUCACUUACCUGACGCUCAUCCAGUUCCUGACCAGCAGCACCGCGGCCCUCACCCUGGAGACGCUGCGGCGGCUCGGGAAGGUCCAGAUCCCCGCCUUCAGCCUCCAGCUCUGCAAGGAGUUUGCCUCGGUGUGCGUCCUCUCCACGCUGCAGUCCACCCUCACCCUGUGGUCCCUGCGAGGCCUCAGCCUGCCCAUGUACGUGGUGUUCAAGCGCUGCCUGCCGCUCUUCACGCUCAGCAUCGGCGUGUGCGUGCUGAAGAACGGCGUGCCGUCCGUGGGGGUGGUGACCGCCGUCAUCAUCACCACCGGGGGAGCCGCACUCGCUGGUGCCGGGGAUCUGACCGGCGACCCGUCCGGGUACGUCACCGGUGUGUUGGCUGUGAUCGUCCACGCCUCCUACCUGGUCCUGAUCCAGAAGACCAGCCUGGACAGCGAGCACGGCCCGCUCACCGCGCAGUACGCCAUCGCCAUCAUGGCCACGCCGGUGCUGCUGGUGUGCUCCUUCAUCUCCAUGGACGCCAUCAGCAUGUGGUCGUACGAGGGCUGGAGGGACCCGCCCAUCACCACCAUCUUCACCUUCUGCGUCUUCAUCGGCUGUGCCAUGAACUUCACCACGCUGCACUGCACCUACAUCAACUCCGCCGUCACCACCAGCUUCGUGGGUGUGGUGAAGAGCAUCGCCACCAUCACCGUGGGCAUGCUGGCGUUCAGUGACGUGUCGCCGACCCGGCUGUUCGUAGGAGGAGUUGUGGUGAACACCGUCGGCUCCAUCACCUACUGCGUGGUCAAAUACUUUGAGACCAGGAAGAAGAGCUUGUAUGAGGAUCUGGAAGUGGCCGGGAAGGAUGAGGCGCUGCCUGGGGAGCCUUACCAGGAGAAGCCGCCACUGAACGGGGACGGGCCGGCCGCUGGCAUCGGACCUGACGUAGAGCAACCUCAGCCCGAUGGAGCGUUGAGCAGCGACCGGACGGAGGAGUCGGCGGCGGCCGGGCUGGUUAACGGACAGGUGUGGACAGGAGACGUGGAUGCAGGCACCAACUCUCAGGUGAUGACAGAGAAGGAGGUGGUGGAGAUGCAGAGGGAGCACCUCCACAAGGAGAGCUCCGCCCCCGCUCAGUCGCUCGGCGACAGCUACGUCGGGGUGUGGAGGUCCAUCAGACAUCUGCAGUUCAUGAAGAAAGAACCUCUGAUGGAGAACAUGGAGCAGCAGAGUCCGUGAGAGCCGGACAGAGACCUGGACUCACUCUGGAGAGGAAACAGGAGGAAGAGGAGAAGGAAAAGAAAGAACCAGAGGAGAGGAGGAGGAGGAGGAGGAGGAGGGCAGAGGAGGAGCGACAAUAAACCCAACCACCUCCUUUAUCAGCAUCAAAUGAAACGACCUCAGUGAAAUGUUUGUGUGGUCACUCGGAGCUUUGAGCGCAGACAGACGUAGUUUAUGAUGAGAGUGAAAAGAGGUGGAGAGAAGAGGAUGAAGAGUUCCAGGAGAAGCUGCCUGUCAGAGAUAAUUCUGCUUCCUGUCUCCUCCGGCCCGGUGGCGUGCGGCGGGGGGGCGAGCAUGAUUCGGUUUGGUUUGCAUCCAGGCCGAUGCCAAACCAAACGAGUGCAUCUUGUGCAAAGUGAAAUAUCAGAUCCACUCAGGGAUCUGUUUGACUCCCACCGGGAGGUUCUGGUUCUGAUGAUGAAGCUCUGCACUCGGUUCAGGUCGGGUCCAGUCGCUUCAGGCCGUGUUUGCAUGAGUGUGAUUGUUUGUGUGUGUCGGGUCACGGCUGUUUGACCGUUCAGCGGAGCCACUUCCUCAUCUCCUGCUCGGUCUCAUCCUGUUUCUGUUAAUAACGGAUUAAAACCAAACUGAUCAGAAACACUUGACAGGGUAACGUGGAGGGGGGGGGGUGUAGGGUCUAUACUGCAGCCAGUCACCAGGGGGCGAUCAGGGUGAAUCAAAGAUGGAGUCAAUCCGCCUCCAGCAGCUGGGGCAGUCUCACUUCCUCCAGUUGUUCCUGCUACAGUGACCUUGACCUUUGACCCCUGAGCACCGAAUCAGGUCAUCUGUGAGUGGAUGAACGUUUUCAUCUGUUUUAUUCCGUUAUUGGUAAAAAGUGGAAACUUCUGCUACGACCCAACAAAACCUAAGUUUGACAGAAUGUUUCGGUUUCUCUGAAUAAUCCUGAUGGAGCAUUAAUAUAAAUCAGUCGUGAGUAUCUCCCUCCCAGUGACGUGUGAUUGGUCAGUGAAACAGGAAACUGUGGUGGCUCAGUAAACAUCUGGAAAUCUGUGAGGAGAGAAACUCAGGAAGUUCAGCACGAGGACGAGAAGCUGGAGAGUCGUGACUCUGUCGAAAGUUCUUAAACCAGGAGCCUCCUCAGAAAUGUGUGUGUGUGGGGGGGGG